AUGUUUAAAUUAGCUAUAAGAUCAACCAGAUUGGCCCCAAGAAGUACCUAUAUUUUUCGUUCAUUAGCAACGGCUUCUUCAACAUCACCAAAUAUCCCAGCAACUCAAAAGGCUAUUGUUUUCGAUCAACAUGGUGGUCCAUUACAAUACAAAGAUAUUCAAGUUCCAAAACCUGGUCCAAAUGAUAUCUUGGUGAAUAUUAAAUACACUGGUGUUUGUAAUUCAGAUUAUCAUAUUUGGAAAGGUGAUUGGGCUAUUAAACCUCAAUUACCAUUAAUUUUGGGUCAUGAAGGUGCAGGUGUUGUUGUUGCAAAAGGUGAAAAUGUUUCAAAUUUCCAAAUUGGUGAUCAUGCUGGUAUAAAAUGGGUUAAUUCAACUUGUCAAAGUUGUGAAUUUUGUCAAGAAUCUCAUGAAUCAAGUUGUCCAUCACAAACAAAUUCAGGGUUUAGCGUUCAAGGAACAUAUCAACAAUAUUGUUUAGCUAAUGCUGAUCAAGCUGCUCAUAUUCCAAAAGAUGUUGACCUUGCUAAAGCUGCUCCAUUAUUAUGUGCUGGUUUAACAGUUUAUAAAGCUUUAAGAAAUGCAAAUAUUCGUGCUGGUCAAACUGUUGCAAUCAUUGGUGCCGGUGGUGGAUUAGGCUCUUUAGCUGUUCAAUAUGGUGUUGCCAUGGGAUAUAGAGUGAUUGGUAUCGAUGCUUCAAAUAAAAAAGAACAUGUCUUGAGUAAAGGUGCUGAUGCAUUUGUUGAUUUUAGCUCCAAAGUUGGUGUUCCUGAACAAGUUUUAGAACUAACUGAAGGAAAAGGUCCACAUGCUGUUAUUAAUGUUUCAAAUUCUGUUCAAGCAUAUAAUGAAGCAAUUACAUACGUUAGACCAACAGGUACUGUGAUCCUUGUUGGUCUACCACAAGGUGGUGCUAAAUUAGAAUCUGAUAUUGUUAUGCAAACUUUAAGAGCUGUUAAUAUCAAAGGUUCUGUUGUUGGUAAUAGAGCUGAUACUAGGGAAGCUUUAGAAUUUUUCAGAAGAGGUAAAGUUGAUUCACCAGUCAAGAUUGUUGGAUUAAGUGAAGCACCUGAUGUCUUUAAGUUGAUGGAAGAUCGUAAAAUUAUGGGACGUUAUGUUCUUGAUACAUCAAAAUGA